CAUCCUUUAAUAAUUAAGCGCAAUAUAUCGGAAGCAUGUGCCGUCAUUUUUCAAUACAGCUUAAAAGAAAUAGAAAAAGGCAAUAACACUGUCGAUACGGUAGAUAAUUGUGACAAUUCUAGUGACAUCGCCUCUACUGGCUGCUUAAUUUCUUAUGCCUCAAAUGAAACAGUGAAGAAUAUGUGGUUACAAUGCGUAGAUGCUGGUGAAGAUCUACUCGACUUCUUGUUAGCUUACAGGGCUAUUGUGAAACGGGAUUACAAUUGCGACAUACGUUUCUUAUGGGAUGAUAAAGCCAAACCAAACAUAUCAAUUGAUGCACUUCUGAUAGAAGUAUACUUCAGUUGGUUGGCAGUUUACUUCACCACACAUUGUAUGCAGUGUGAAAAUGCUAGUGAGACUGCAUCUACUUUUGAAAGACUAUUCAAUAAGUAUUUAGCUCCGAUUUCACUGAUUUUGACUUCACUCACGACACAUCACUUUAAGAAAUAUUCCAUGUUAUCUGAUCCCAAAAAUCAUUCUUCUGACGAUCUUAAGUGGAUUCAAUCAGUGGCAAACAUUUGUAGUGUAAUAAAUCAAUUAUAUACAAUAACUUCAAAUCCUAAGUUUUUCACUGGUUGGUUUCCAUGGGAUUCUGUUGACAAGCCAUUUUGUGGUGAAAUGGUUUGUAAUUGGUUGAAGAAAAUUUGGAAUGUUGAUUUUCUAAGUACUCAGAUAUGCUCAUCAAGUCCAGUUAUAGAAGUGCUUACAAACAUUCUGGAACUGAUUAAUAGUUGCAUAUUGGAUUCACAGAUAGUCAAGUCGACGGAAAAUAUUAAACAGCGUGAUUUAUUCACGUGGCUGGCAGAACCCGGCGAAUUAUUUCACUUAUUCACUGGUAGUUGGAUAUCUUUUUACGAUGUUGUUGUGAAUCAACCAAGCUUAUGCAUAGAAUAUAUUUGUACAGUUGUCAAACUGUGGAUAAUUUAUCAAAAAUGGUCCAAAGAAUUUAGUCCAGUUCUAAAUGACACAGUCAAGAAGUCAUUAUUCAAUAUUCCAGGAAUGAUUCAACACCUGUCUUGGACGUACAGAAAAUUUCACUACCCCUUCGACGAAUGGGAAGGAAUAAAGAAAACUACGAAACUCAAAUUUCUAAUUUGUGUAGUUAUAACUAGUAGUAUGAUUGUGUUCGAAAUGUCAUCCAGUAAAUAAAACGAUUUCACUGUGUGAUAU